ACCCAACGCUUGCACACAAAACAUCUAAAGAAGCCCUUUUGCCAUCCUUUUUCGGGUUUUCCUCUUUGGUCCCUCUCUCCGGGAUGUCAUUUCCCCGUCUUUCUUUUUCUAGCCUACUUUCAUAAACCCUCUUCAUCCCCGGUGGAGCUCAGUGGCUUCUUCCCCGUCUCUUUGAAGCCGCCUCCUCCGUACUCUGGAAAAACAAUUCCUUUUCGCCUUAGAGAUCAUCACCAGCCGGCAGCCGCCAUUGUCAAGCUGUUUCUAUGGAUUCUGAGUCCGACCCAUCUUCAAAAACUCAACCCAAGAGGCACAGAUGCUCUGCAUGCUUCAAGCAAUUCAAGAGAAAGGACCAUCUUGUUGAGCACAUGAAGAUAUCAUACCACUCCCACCAUCAGCCAAAAUGUGGCCUCUGUCGAAAGCAUUGCAAGUGUUUUCAGUCUUUGAGAGAGCAUCUCACUGGUACAAUACCCUUCCAUUUCAGUUUCUGUAUGUACUUAAAGAGCCCUAUCGCUGAAUCAUUAGUUGUAUCUGGUCCUCAUUAUCUUCUAGGUAAACUGCCAAGCUCAUCUUGCUCAAAGAUUUUCGCUGACCGAGGUUGUGAUCUUUGCUUGAAUCUUUUUGAUAAUGCCGAUGAUCUAAGCAAGCAUAGAGAAAAAUGCCGCUUUUCUCCACCUACUCCUUUGGCAACAAAGUUAGUGGCUUCUUCCCCUGAUGUACUAAUGGGAUAUUUUGGGGGAAAAGGCAUUGGUGAAGGUGUGAAAGCCAUUGCUAUUGAUUGUGAAAUGGUUGGUGGUGGAAAUGAUGGGACAACUGACUUAUGUGGUCAGGUAUGCCUUGUUGAUGAAGAUGAAAAUAUUAUUUUCCACACAUAUGUUCAACCCCAAUUUCCUGUCACUGACUACAGAUCUGAAGUAACUGGAUUAACUGAAGAGCAUCUGAAAGAUGGCAUGCCACUCAAGCAAGUGCAGGAGAUAAUUUCUGACAUAUUGUACAAUGGAGAAUCAGUUGGGAAAGCAAGGUCGGAUGGUGGGAAAGCUAGGCUGCUCGUGGGGCACAGCUUGGAUCAUGAUCUGGAUUGUCUGAGAAUUAGCUACCCUCCCAAUUUGUUGAGGGACACUGCCAAAUAUCGUCCACUGAUGAAAACCAACCUGGUUAGCUACUCACUCAAGUAUCUCACCCAUACAUACUUAGGGUACGAGAUUCAGACAGGAGAGCAUGAUCCCUACGAAGAUUGUGUGUCGGUGAUGAGACUGUACAAACGAAUACGAAGCCUGGAUCACUAUCAGGUGGAACAGCAAGUGAAGAAGAUGAUCCAGAGAAGGCGAGAUGGUUAUUUUUCCUGGAAGCUCAACGAAUUAGAGAAGAUGUCACCCGACGAGCUGUACCAAAUCUCGGAAUCGAGCUACAAGUGUUGGUGUCUGGAUUUGGGCAGCAGCAGCAGCAGCAGCAGCUGACGUUAGUGUCUAAGGGCGUAGAGAGGAUGGAUGAUGUGAUCGGGGAGAAAGCAACCAGUUUUUUUUUGUUUUGGUAGAGUCGUGGAGAUGACUUUGCUCUUCAGAUAGUGUGAAUGAUCGACGUUCGAAGGCGACGGCUACUCCAUUGUACAGCGGCUUAUCGUUAUUCUAGAACUAGAAGAAUUGUAUUUAUUGUACGGGGAAUACGGUUCAGUGGAUUUGGAGCUUCAACAAAAUUGGAAAAUUUGAAACUUAGCUAUGUUAUAGACCGUUG